UGAAUUCCCGAAAAGAAUGAAAAAACUAUUCUCUUAUGUUGUGACGGCCGCUAAAUUUACCUGCCCUUUUAUCCUCCUCCACCUUCUUCUUUUCCCGACGCUUCUCUCAUAUACUUGCCCAAUGGUACCCCACGAUGCGUCUCAUUUGCACGACGAUCUCGAUGAUGAGAGCGAAAUGGGACUCAUGAACGAAUACGCCUAUUCCUUUAAACCACAGCAACCAGAUGGCGACGGGUCAGAAAAUGCAUCAUUAUUAUCCGAAGAAAGUACCAGUGGACGACGAGCAAGGCGGAGAAGUGGUGGAGCAGCAGACUUGGAAUUUAAACCCGAGAUCGACACCGGUGGUGUUUCCGAUUCAUGUUUCUCUUUUAAAAAGUUAUGGAAAUACACAGGGCCAGGAUGGUUAAUGUCGAUUGCCUAUUUAGAUCCUGGCAACCUAGAAUCGGAUCUGCAAGCAGGCGCGAUCGCAGGAUACAGUUUACUAUGGCUGUUGUUUUGGGCACAUGUCACUGGCCUAGCGUUUCAGCUUUUGUCAGCACGACUCGGAACAGUUACUGGACAACAUUUGGCACAACUGAUUCGACAAUCGUAUACAACGAGAAUGUCCGUUGUCCUGUGGGCAUUUGCUCAAAUAGCGAUUAUUGGCGCAGAUAUAAUGGAAAUUAUUGGCACCGCGAUCGCAUUACAUAUAUUGCUCCGAUUACCCCUCUGGGUGGGCGUGCUCAUCACGACAGUCGACACGUUUACGUUCAUGAUGAUUCAGCGCUACGGCAUGCGCAAAAUGGAGGCAUUCUUCAUGAUGCUGAUCCUGGUGAUGACCACGUGUUUUUGGGUCGAAAUGGUUGUUUCAAAACCGGACGUGGCGCAGAUCUUCCGUGGAUUGGCCGUACCUGUCGUACCAAAGAACGCGGUAGUUCAAGCUGUUGGCAUGUUGGGUGCUGUGGUGAUGCCUCACAAUAUGUUUUUGCACAGUGCAUUGGUAGGAUCGCGGGACUUAGGAGCUGAGCCGACCGUGCGCAAGCGAAAAGAAGCCAACUUCUAUUUCGGAAUCGAGUCUGGUUUGGCAUUAUUUCUUUCGUUCUUGGUCAACUUGGCGAUCGUUGUUGUAUUUGCCCAAGUGUUCUACAAACCUGAUGCACCGGACAAUAUUGAUCUGCCUGGUUUGGCGGAUGCAGAUGCAGUGCUGAAACGGACAUUAGGUUCUGCUGCACAAUAUCUUUGGGGUGCUGGUUUGCUUGCAGCUGGACAGAGCUCAACGAUGACGGGCACAUUUGCAGGCCAGUAUGUGACCGAGGGUUUCUUUGGCAACAUGUUCCGCAAAGACUGGCAUCGAGUUGCCAUUACGCGUGGUAUCUCACUUAUACCCUCCAUGCUUGUCGCAGUUUUCGCCGUCGAUCAUUUUGAUACCAUGGGCGAACUGCUGAAUGUACUACAAAGCGUGUGCCUUCCACCAGUCCUGAUCCCGAUUCUGAAACUAUGUUCUUCCACAGCUGUUAUGUCUGCGGAAUUUACUACGUCAACUGUGCUGCAUGUCAUCUGCUGGCUGCUAACUGGCGUAGUCGUCGGCUUCAACGUAUUCUUAUUCGUUACGCAUAUCACAUCGGUCUGGUCCUUUGUUAUGAUUGGUGCCUUUGGUCUUGUUUACCUGGCCUUCCUUGCCUAUAUGGUAUGGUUACCCCUGGAUUAUGUGCCAAAGGGCGCUAAUAGCGACGACGAUGGCUGGAUGGCUAUUCCAGAAAACAGUGACGAUGAAGAAAUCUCUCUGCGACAAGAACCUUAAAAAUGCACCCUAUCCGCACUCUUUCAUAAAGCAAUUUCUCAAUCCCCCACUCUUUUUCUCCGUUUCCAUUAUUUCUACUUCUUCAACGCAACAGAACUAUACAUUUACCAUCACAUCACUUCAUCAAUUCUACUAUAUUACCGACUCACGCACACCCACAUGAAUCGCCUUUGUUGUUAUUUUCUCCUCGUAUCUCCCACUUCUAUGUACCAUAUACGCAAUCUUGCACAAAAAAUACAGUCUUGUUCUUUGGUUUACAGUCAUUUCAAAAAGUAAAGUCGCUGAUUUUGAGUUUGAUGUCGUG